AGGUGAACUGAUCCACUAGUGAACUGAUACGAUCUGUGAGCCUUUUAUGAACCUACUUCUUCACGUUUACAUAAUCGGUAUUUUCAGAUGUUACUUAAUGCUGGAGGAGCUGGAGCAGUUAUACUCGCUAACUUGUGAAUUAGACUAUGUUUGUGCUUUUACAAAAGCGUAAAGAGUCCCUGAUUCCCUGUGUACAUUACACCUAGCUACAGCCAUCAACUGUAUAAAACGAACGACAGUCUCAAUUCCAGGCAUACUGUUGUGGACUCAGUACGAUAAUGUGCUCUUUCGGGUACCCUACUGUGUGAGCAUGAUACUCAAACUACUCAAGCACGUUUAAUCCAAACAAAAUGUUGUUGAUUCAACUCCAAGGAAUACACACAUAAUGCUGACUGACCUGACCCCACUUCAACUCCAUGGCAGCAUAAACCACGGAACGGUAUUAUAGCAGGGAGCAAGUAGAAGAGAUUUGAUAACGUGAGCAGUUGAGCUGAAGGACUCUGUGAUGAAGUCUUCAGGGGCAUUUGUAGUGGUCUCGAUAUUUUUACUGAGCCUUCAUCUUCACGGCGUUGAAGGGCUCAUGGUCAAUGUUGUACUACCUCGAGGAAUGGAGUCAGUCAAUGGAUCUAGUGUGACAAUGGGAUGUACUAGUCCACUAGUAGACAGUGGUGGUGUGAUGGUGUGUGGGUCACGAAGCUAUCUGGUUGAUAGUUGCUCUCCUGAUAUUGACACAAAUACCUCUGACUGGGCAUCUCAGCUAGUAACAGUGAGGAGGAAUGAGGGAACUCCUAAUAUCUCUUACCCUCAUGUUCUGCUGACAUUUGGCUUUGACACAGCUGUGUCUCUGACUGGAAUUGAGAUGGAUUUGUUCAACUGUUCUGACUGGAACAUUGGUGCUCAAGAUAUCAAAGUGUUUCUCAAUUCAGAUUACAACUUAGCAGCUACCACUGGCUUAUUAUUUAGCCUUCCAUUUGCGUCUGCUGGUGACGACUCCCUCCAGUCAUCUUGUGACUCUCUUCCAACUCUCACCAUUUCUGGAGGCUCAUUCCUAAGUGGAUCCUAUCGCACAGUCUAUAUUCUAGUGGACUUACAACCUCCCUCAUCCAUACAGUGGGUUCAUGUGGGAGAGGUCAGGUUCAUUGGUACAGACAGUCCAACUUGUCUUCAACCAACUCCUUCAUUAUCUGCAUCAACACCUUGUGUUGAAGGACUAAUGGUCAAUGUUGUACUACCUCAAGGAAUAGAGUCAGUCAAUGGAUCUAGUGUGACAAUGGGAUGUACUAGUCCACUAGUAGACAGUGGUGGUGAGAUGGUGUGUGGGUCACGAAGCUAUCUGGUUGAUGGUUGCUCUCCUGAUAUUGACACAAGUGCCUCUGACUGGGCAUCUCAGCUAGUGACAGUGAGGAGCAGUGAGGGAACUUCUGACCUCCCUUUCCCUCAUGUUCUGCUGACAUUUGGCUUUGACACAGCUGUGUCGUCUCUGACUGGAAUUGAGAUGGACUUGUUCAACUGUUCUGACUGGAACAUUGGUAUUUCCCCGAUCACAGUGUAUCUCAAUCAAGAGUACAACGUAGCAGCUACCACCGACAUCUUUAGCCAUCCAUUUGUGAUUGCUGGUGACAACUCCCUCCAGUCAUCUUGUGAUUCCCUUUCAACUGUUACCAUUUCUGGAGGCUCAUUCCUAAGUGGAUCCUAUCGCACAGUCUAUAUUCUAGUGGACCUAUCUUUCUCAUCCAUACAGUGGGUUCAUGUGGGAGAGGUCAGGUUCAUUGGUGAACAACUUCCAGAAUGCCAAGUGUUUACCACUACAACUGUUGCCCCAUCAUCGACGUCAGUUAUUGCGGAAACAACUAUUGCCCCUACUACCUCUCUCCCCAGUCCUACCCCUGUCUACACCACCAUCUCCACACCGACUAUCUCAUCCAUUGACAUCAUAAGAAGGACCUCUAGCCUGACACCCGAUAUUUCAUCUUCUACAGCCUCACUCCUUCCCUUACCUACUGUUUCUCUUUCCACUGAAACUGCUUUUCCCGUCACCACUUCCGCCAUGCCAUCUCCUGCUAUAUCUAUCACCAACAGCUCAAUAAUAGAACUUACCCCUUCUCGGAGUCUCUCUGGGCGUACAAUAUUUCCUACCAGCACUUUGUUGACUCAAGUGACGGCGUUUACAGUUACCACCGCUAUUUCUUCAUCGGUUGUAUAUUCUACUGCCUCCGCUUCAACUCUUACUUUAGCUAAUUCAACAACAUUUGACACUAUGUAUUCUUCACACACUUCAGCUACAUCCUCUCCAAAUAUGCCAGUUACUUCAACCACUACCACAGUUUAUUCUUCAUACUCUGCUUCCAGUAACAUUUCAUCUACUGAAACAGUUUAUUCCUCAUUUUCUGGUUCUACUUCCUCAUCCACUACCACAGUUCCUCCAGUUUCCAUCGUCAUAGAUUACUCUUCUCCUACCAACCCAACUAGUGUCACUUCACUCCUUACUAUAGCUACGCCAACGUCUAUCAGUGUCUCUACAAUCCCACCAAGUGUGGCCUCCACAGCAAAGAGUACACCUGCCUCUAAAGGAGUUGCUGCCACCCAUUAUAUCCCUACACUCUCAUCCGCAACACCAAAAGAGACAAUAAUAGCGCCAAUUCCUUCCCUCAGACAAUCAAAGACUGUUGUUGGAGUUUAUCUCCCCACAUCCACAAGUCUCAUUGCUUCAACCUCAAUACCUGUGCCGCCUCCUGGGAAGGAUCAGGACAUAGUACUGUCUUUAGCCACUGCUAUCACGUCGGUGAUUUUGUCGCUGCUGAUUAUCACACUGAUAAUCACCUUAGUUGUUUUAGUGCUCUACAAGAAGGACCUCAAGAGAAACUCGUACAAUGUCGAUUCCUACAUAGCGAUUGGACCCCUUGCCCCUGCUCGAAUGGACGUCCCCGAAGAAGAAGAAGAGUUAGGGGUGCACAAGGUGACUGUGCCAACGGACCGUGAAAACGGUAACAUUUACGAAGUUGCGAAAUGACUUGCAAAACUUCAGGUAUACUUUCUUUGAUCCACAGACGGAUGCUUGUAUUUUCGAUGUAGCUAAUAUUAUAUGGCGUGAUAUUUGUGUUUAUUUAGCAACUGACAUCGUUAUGAUAUCAAAUAAACAAUUUGAGCUCUGCAUAAUAGUGUGCAUAGCUGACAGAUGUUUACACAUUAUCUAAACACACAGCACCAAUAAAGUGUACUAUAAGGACACAGUCAACACUAUGC